AUGGAGCACAUAGUUGAUAUAUUUUUGAAAAAUAUGGGAUGCAACGACGACCGCAGUUAUGACACAAUGUGUCUAGUAAUUUUUACCUACUGUGAGUUAGCCGUCUCUCUGUUCUUUGCAGUGUUGACUUACCCGUCGAUCACCAACUCGAAAGAAGAUCUAUCAGUUCGCCUCUAUGGGCUACUAUGCUUCCUUAUCGAAAGUCAUAUUUUCAUUUUUAUAGCCAUCCGGUUAUAUUAUCAGUCACAAUAUCGCGAUAUGUACCAGCGUACGCUGAAAACAGGAAUCCCGGAACACUUUAGACAGAAAAUCGCUAUGAUGAUCAAACACUACUUUAUCAUAUCGAACGUAUUCGUAGCAGUUUCCAUAUUGUAUACGAUUUCAAUGGAUUGGGUGCAGAUGGGCGAUCCAUUCACAUUUCCUUUCGUAGACAUUCUGCCGAUAAAAACCACAAACUUGGUUAUUUACGUGUGCAAAUAUAUAUUAUACACUUUGCCCGUGUACAUCGCACACUUAGAAAUUUGUUUCUUAAAUGUGACUUUUAUGUAUUCGACGGGCGUUGUGAAGAGAUAUUUUCAGAUACUCGACAAACAGGUCGAAGAAGCGAUAGUAAACAAGGAUGAACAGAAAUUAAAAAUCGCGAUUAAACGCCAUCAAGAAGUGUUGAAAUUUUUCAAUGAUAUGAAGACGGGAUAUGAGAAACCAAUAUUAUUUACUAUAGAAUUUUGUGGAUUGUAUGUUGGUUUGACUAGUUAUUUCACUAGUUUAGUCAUACAGGGUUAUAUUCACAAAAUAAUAUUGGGAUUAUGUAUAGUUAGUAGUAUGGCGUGCCUCUUAACAAUCAUAAUUUAUUGCAUUAAUGCAAGUAAUAUGUAUGAUUUACACGAUGGUAUAUUGAACGCACUUUUUGAACAUCGUUCAUGUUUUUUUCGAAACAAUUCAUUUAAAAGUCUUAUUUCAAUAAUGAUGAUAAGAGCCACAACACCAUUAGAAUUUAAAGUUGGUUCCGUUUUUACCAUAAACUCAAAUUUACUUAUAAAAAUUCUAAAAUGUGUGUAUACGGUAUUUAAUGUAUUAUUAACUUCAAUCAACCGCAAAUUUAAAGAAACUGCAAUAUGA